AUGAGUAACCUUAGGCUCUUCUUAUGUACGACACUUGACAAUCCGUUCAUCUUCCCAAGUGAAUGGAAAUUUUUGGCUGGUGCAUUAAAAGUUGUUAUGUGGCAAUAUUCUCCUUUGAAAGCUCUUCCACUUGAAACUCAAUUGAAUGGACUUGUUGAAAUGGAUAUGUCAGAUAGCAAAAUAAAACAACUUUGGAGCAACAAACAGCGCAUGACAAAGUUGAAAUCUAUCGUAUUGGAAGACUCUAUCAAUUUGACUGAAACUCCAGACUUCUCAGGUGCUCCAAAUUUAGAAGAUUUACGUCUUGGUGGAUGCAUAUCUCUUGUCAAGGUUCAUUCCUCCCUUGGACAAUUGGAAAAGCUUGUUAACGUGGACAUGAAUGAAUGUUUAAGCCUUGAAAUCCUACCAGAAAAACUGGAAACAAAUUCUUUGGUGAAGUUAAACCUUAGGGAGUGUAUAAAAGUUGCAAAGCUCCCGGAGUUUGGGGAAGGUAUGAAAAAACUAUCAUAUCUUAAUGUGGAUGAUACUUCUAUAACUAGACUUCCUGAAUCAAUUGGAUCCUUGACGGGUCUUGAAUAUUUAAAUUUGCGCGGCCGCAAAAUUGAAAAUCUUUCUGGCUGGAAUGUAACGUCCUUAACAGAGUUAUAUUUAAGCAAGUGUGGCUUAGACGAUGGAUCAAUUCCUGAUUUUGACAGUUUAUCAUUGCUCACUGUAUUGGAUAUAAGCUUUAAUGAUUUUGAGAAUCUACCCGACUUGUGUGGUCUUUCUCGACUUGUCUUCCUUUCAUUGGAUUACUGCAGAAGGCUUAAGUUGUUGCCAAGGCUCCCACCACGAUUAAUUCGAUUACAUGCCUUCGGUUGUGAUUUAAUGGAACCAUUAUCAUCAGAUAGACAAUUAUGGGAUUUGGUUGCUUCACUUGACCAUGAGUGUCGUGGGCGAACUAAAUAUGAAAUCUAUAAUGAUGGGGAGGAAGAUUGGGACGAAGUUGUUCCUUCUGUGCUAUUAAAGGGAGCUAAAUGGCCUUCUCCGCUGACAGAUUUCUGUGCAAGUCUUCCAGGAUGCGAAAUACCAUCAUGGUUUCCAAAUAAAGAACAUUGCCAUUUGGAUAUGUGGGGUAGGAAAUAUGAGAUUGAAGUGGACAUGCCUCCAUAUUUUCGUGACAGUGAAUGGUGCGGAAUUGUUGUGUGCUUCCGUAUGUCAGGUUACGGUGAGGGUUCUUGUGACUUUAGUUGGAGUAGUAAAGCUGCACCAGAUGAUGAUCAUUAUGCACCCAAAGAGUGGGAGUGUGAUAUUCCUUCCUCCCUUUACGAAAAGCAUUGCAUAAUAAUGGUGUUGGAAUUAAAUGAGGAAACAUGUUGGCGGCACCUAAGAGCUCGUCAUAACAAUUCCCUUCACAUUCUAUUUUCUUUUGCAUCACGUGAUCAAGAUUAUUGGGAAGCAGAGGAAUGUGGGUGGAGAGUGAUACGUAAAGAAGAGAUACAAGAUUGGCGCCAUCUAAAUGGUUUCUUCAACCAAGCCAACCAACCCCAGCUUGCUUCUUCUGAUGAGGUCAAGCUUCCGCUGAGAGCAUUUGAAGAAUUCUUUAUGGGGGAGUAUUUGACUUACUGA